GCUGCGUUGGGGCUUCACUGCGCAAUUUUAUAUCGUGGGAAUCAGCCGGAAGUAAUGUAAAUACAAUGUACGUCACGAGGACGCGUCACGUGGCUUACACCGGUGUUUCGCGCAAUUGUUGUCAUCGAUUGAAAACGUGGGAAAUAUCGGUCAUCGGGUUUAGUAUAAAUUCACAUUCUACCCAUUUAUCUUGUUGUUAACAAGUGUUUAUGGACUGAUAAAUUUGUCUUCGGAUCGGCUCUGGGCUAGAGAACAACUUGAUCGAACUGAACAAGAGCUACAGAGAAUCAGUGGAUGAGUUGAUUAAUUUGGAGACAGGCAUCACAGCUUUAAAUUUUCACAAUGAGUUGUCCAUUCAUGUCAGGACCGAGACCGAAAAAUGCCACCACCAACAAUAACAACAACAGAGAUGUCAGCGGCGGUAGUGGUGAUGCUGACAAAAGUGCAGCGGCUACCAGCGACGACGAAAAUCCCGCCAUGCACUAUCACAAGUACCUGCACCUGGACAAGGUCCUGAAAUCGCAGGUGCUUGAGUCGGAGCAACAGGGUUGCAAGGUUCACGAUGAACAUCUUUUUAUCAUCAUACAUCAGGUUUAUGAGCUGUGGUUCAAACAGAUUCUGUAUGAGAUUGACUCGGUGUGCACCCUGUUCAGCCGGGUUCAGCAUGACGAGAGGAAGCAGCUAGUCAUCAACCAGCGUAUGGGACGUGUCAUCAGUAUCAUGAAGAUUGUAGUGGAACAGAUUCACAUCUUGGAGACCAUGACACCGAUGGACUUCCUGGAGUUCCGCACCUUCCUGGCCCCAGCCUCGGGGUUCGAGAGCCAACAGUUCAGGAUCCUGGAAAACAGACUUGGGAUGAAACCGGAAUGGCGUGUGAAGUACGCACAAAAGAACUACGAGCACGCACACCACGGUGCGCGUUUGGCUGAAAUCAAACAGGCAGAGAUUGAACCCUCACUGCUGUCUAUAGUGCAGCAAUGGCUGGAGAGGACACCUGGUUUGGAGCGAGAUUGUUUCAACUUCUGGGAUAAGUUCCAAGCUGCUGCCAAUGAUAUGAUGAGCGACAUGCUGAGAGAUGUUGAGGAGCUGGAGGACGAGCACCAGAAAGAGGCCAUGAUGCAGGAGUACAACAUAGCCAAAGAAAGCUUUGCGUCAGUCUUUGACGUCGAGAAGCAUAACAACAUGGUCAGCAGGGGAGAUCGACGGUUCUCCCACAAGGCACUCCAGGGGGCGCUUUUCAUCUCCUUGUAUCGCGACGAGUCUCGCUUCAGCCAGCCGUUCCAGUUUCUGACCCUGCUGAUGGACCUAGACUCUCUCAUGAUGAAAUGGAGAUUGAAUCAUGUCCAAUUGGUGCAGAGGAUGAUCGGCAGUAGGCCGGGUACCGGUGGCUCCUCAGGUUACAUGUAUCUGAAGGCUACAGCCAGUGAUCGCUACAAGGUGUUCGUCGAUCUUUUCAACCUGUCCACAUUCCUGCUGCCGCGUAAGUACAUUCCGACCCUGACAUCUGACAUGAAGCGACGGCUGUCCAUUCCAUACGGCAAGGUCAAUGGGAAUGUGGGGAACCUCCAUGUGCAUGUGGAGAGUCUCAGUGUUUCCUUAACGGAAACAGAUCAUGAGGUUUAAAGUGAAGAAGGUACAGAAUGCAGUAAAAAGUACAAGGAAACCUUUUUGGUAUUGACACAUAUGUCACAGGUCACAAUUCCACUCCAUUCAUUCUUUGCACAAAUACUACCGUAUUGCAAUAAGGUAACAUGGUAAAGGUAGCAGUACAUCCAAUUAAGAGGGGACAAUUUUCACCCCACAAAUAUUAAGGCUCUAGUAUAAUUCAAUUUAAUUUGCCCUUCACAAAAUUGCCAUGUUGCAAUAAGGCAACAAUGUUAAGGCAGCAGUGUGUCCAAUAAUACAGGGGACCAUUUUUGGUUUUGUAACAAGUUUGAUGAUGUCAAGUUCAAUCAAAUAAAUUUGCACCAGGUGCAACAAUUUCAUAAAAUUGUUUUAAAGGCAAGGCAACACUUUCCUAAACAAAGAUUCUUAUGUCAUAUAGUUUGCUAAGGUAUUAAAUAAAACUUCAUUGAAAAGGCUGAAGUUUGCUAGAGCAAACCAAACUAUGCACAAGUGGCUUAUAGCACAUGUAUGGCUUUUAUGUUCAAGGUAACCAAUUAACACUUGCACUUCAUUGUAAUAUAUUGUAUUUAUUCCUUGAUGAAUCCAAUAGUGCCGUGGCGGUUUAGGGCAGUACAGGGAGUAACAGGCAGGGUGGUUUGGGGCAGUACAGGGAGUAACAGGCAGGGUGGUUUGGGGCAGUACAGGGAGUAACAGGCAGGGUGGUUUGGGGCAG